AUGAUUCUUCCAUGUGAAUUGAAUGAAAAUAGAAAAUUAAGAAAGAGAAAAAAACAAAAUAAUUCUUUGACUUGUAUUGUUUGUGGAUCAUCAGCAAAUGGAUAUAAUUUUGGUGCAAUUGUUUGUGAAAGUUGUAAAGCUUUCUUUCGUCGUCAUGCAAGAAAAAAAUCGAAUUCUUUUCAAUGUUCUCGUGAAAAGAAUUGUUCAAUAACAAUUGAAACACGUCGUGAUUGUCCUGCUUGUCGUUUAUCAAAAUGUUUUAAUAAAGGAAUGAAAUGUGAUCGACUUUCAACAAUCGAAGAAAAACAAAUAAAACGUAAUCAAUUGGAAGAAAAUCGAUUAUUAACAUUAAAUUCCCGAAAUCCAGUUCAAUUAUUUCAAUCAAUCAAUACAAAUAAUUUUUUCAUAAAUUUAUUUCAUUUUCAAUUUAAUCAAUCUGAACAAAUAUUACUUAAUUCAGAAGAUAUUCAACGUAUAGAACAAAUUUCAUUUUUUUAUCAAAAUCGUAUUGAAGAUGCUAAUCGUGAAGGUUUACCAUGGAAUCCAUCAAUUGACACAAAAAGUCAUCUAGAUGUUCUUAAUAGUUAUUCCGUAUCAAUAAUGAGACUUUUAUCAUUUUUUAAACAAAUUCCUGAAUUUAAUCAAUUAAAUGUUGAUGAUAAAGUUUAUUUAAUAAAAUAUAAUAUAAUAACAAUUCUUGGAAUUAAUUAUUCUCUUUCAUUUAAUAUUGAAAGAAAAGAAAUUCUUGAAAAUAAUAAUGAUUUACCAAUGAAUAUUCAAUAUUUUCAAGUAUUACAUGGAUAUGAUUUAUCAAAAAGAUCUUAUAAAAUCUUUCAAUCAUUUAUAAAUAUUGCAAAAUAUGAUGAAAAAAUCUUUGAAUUAAUUCUUAUAAUAAUUCUUUUAACAAAAUUUAAUUUAAUAACAAAUGAAAAUAAUCAAAUUUAUUUUCAUAAUGAUUUAUUAAUUUAUCAUUUACAAAAAUCUUUUAUUGAUUUAUUAUGGAAAUAUAUGCAAAGUAAAUAUGGAUUUCAAAAAUCUUUUCAAUUAUUUACUCAAUUUAUUUUCAAUUUUCUUUCUUGGCAAAUUAUUCAAGAAAAUAUGAGAUUAAAUAUUCUUCAGACAUUAUCUCCUGAUGAUAUUAAUCAUUUAUUACCAAUUAUGAAAUCUGUUUUAAGAAUUUCUUAA